AGGGUUUCCAAAACCCCCAAAUCUUACACCCGGUAAAGAUCUGUAAUUAGCCUUCAUCGUAUCAAAAUUAUGGCUAUGAAACUGACGGAAGGCGCAAUAUCGCUGUUAUCCACUGGGAGAUGGGAUACGCCGGACGUGAAACCUGUGCUUCAAGUGGUGGAUAUUCGGACUGUUCAGACGCAGACUCCUCCAGCCGGAGGUGUAGAAAAACAGGAGAGGUACCGGCUUUUGUUAUCUGAUGGAUCGUUUCAUCAGCAAGGGAUGCUUGCUACUCAGCGUAACGACUUGGUUAGAUCUCAGCAGUUGCAGAAGGGCUCAAUUGUUCAAUUGACCGAGUUCGUCUGUAAUACGAUCCGUGACCGCAUCAUUAUUAUAAUCAUCAACCUUGAUGUGAUUCUUGAAACGUGUGAUCUUAUUGGUGAUUCAAAACCAUGCACACUUUGUCCCCUCAAGGGGCCUCCUACAUCAGUGGCUGCAGCACCUAUGCAGUUCCAGUCCAUCAAUCAACCAGCAACAAGUAUGGGUAGUCCUCAAACCUUCAUGGGCGGUGUUUCACUUGCUGGCUCUGUUCCACGCCCUAAUCUUAAUGCCAGCUCUUCAAUUUUCCCUCCUCAACAGGAGCAUAGCACAGGUUUAAAUUCUUACGGCAACUCAACGAGUAACCAUCCUGGUUCAGGACGAUUUAAUUUGGCACAUGCACCGCCUUCUAUGCUUCCAAAACCAGAUUCUGUUACUUCUACUUCACGUCCGCCUGCAAACAGUUAUGUGCGUCCAGUCCAACCUACAUAUAAUCAACCCCCUCCUAUGUAUAUGAACAGGGGACCUAUGGCAAAAAAUGAGGCCCCUCCUAGGAUUAUCCCCAUUGCUGCUCUGAACCCAUAUCAAGGUAGGUGGACAAUUAAAGCUAGGGUGACUGCAAAAGCAGAACUUAGACGCUAUAACAAUGCAAAGGGAGAUGGAAAAGUUUUUUCUUUUGACCUUCUCGAUUCUGAUGGUGGAGAAAUAAGAACAACAUGCUUCAAUGCUGUGGCUGAUGAAUUUUACAACCAAGUUGAGGUUGGUAAAGUUUAUUAUAUUUCAAAAGGCAGUGUGAAACCUGCUCAAAAAGCUUUUAAUCACUUGAAGAACGACCAUGAAAUUAUGCUGGACAGUACGUCAACGAUACAGCCUUGCAUUGAUGAUGACACUUCAAUUCCACAACAGCAAUUUCAUUUCCGUUCCAUUGCUGAGAUUGAAGGCUUAGAUAACAAUAGUAUUUUGGAUAUCAUUGGUGUAGUUUCUAGUAUCACCCCUUCAUCCUCCAUAAUGAGGAAAAACGGUACUGAAACCCAAAAAAGAACCCUUCAGCUGAAGGACAUGUCUGGAAGAAGUAUCGAGGUAACUUUAUGGGGAAACUUUUGCAGCACAGAAGGCCAGACACUCCAACAGAUGUGUGAUUCUGGAGUAUUUCCUGUUUUGGCUGUGAAGUCUGCUAGAGUGAGCGAGUUCAAUGGUAAGUCCGUAGGGACCAUAUCCACAAGCCAAUUAUUAAUAGAACCUGAUUUUCCAGAGGCCAGCAAACUCAAAGCAUGGUUCGAUAAUGUUGGGAGGAAUACCCCUUCUGUUUCUCUAUCCAAGGAUACUAUUGGCCGGACAGAUGUACGAAAAACUGUAUCCCAAAUUAAAGAUGAAAAGCUAGGGACCUCUGAGAAGCCAGACUGGAUCACAGUCAGUGCCACCAUAUGGCAUAUGAAAGUUGAAAACUUUUGCUACACAGCAUGCCCCCUCAUGAUAGGUGAUCGACAAUGUAACAAAAAAGUUACAAAUAAUGGAGAUGGAAAAUGGCGUUGUGAUAGGUGUGAUCAGACUGUCGAACAAUGUGAUUACAGAUAUAUCCUGCAGUUUCAAAUACAAGACCAUACUGGUAUAACAUGGGUAACUGCAUUUCAAGAAAGCGGCGAGGAGAUAAUGGGUGUUUCUGCAAAAGAUUUGUAUUGCAUAAAAUAUGAAGAGCAAGAUGACGAGAGAUUCACAGAAACCAUACGGAAUGUCCUCUGUACUAAAUGUAAUUUCAAGUUAAAAGUGAAGGAAGAGAUAUUCAGCGACGAACAGCGUGUGAAGUGCACUGUUGUCAAAGCUGAGAAGAUAAAAUUUUCAUCCGACACAAGCUUUUUUCUUGAUUUGCUUAAAAAAGAGGAACCAAAUUCUUUGGGCCCAAAGAUGGAAACCCCCAUUUUAGGUUCUAAUCUUGAUCCCCCAAAUGCUGGAUUUAAAGAGUCUGCUCCCUUUACCAAUUACAUGGGGAGUGCUAGUGGUGCUGCUUUACCAGCAAGUCAGAUGGGUCACUAUGUGAAUCCAUAUGGAGGUUCCAGGCUUGGUACUAGCUGCAACAGCUGUGGUGGCAUAGGCCAUAACUCUACAAACUGUCCAAGUGUUGUAAAUGCCCAAGGAUACACCUCUGGAGGAAGAUUUAACAGUAUGCCUUCUGUGCCUUCUGGAGGUGGAAAUGCUGCUGUAUCAGGUGAGUGUUAUAAAUGCCAUCAACCUGGACAUUGGGCCAGAGACUGUCCUGGUGUGAAUAAUGUUUCUUCAGGCUAUGGUAAUGGAAAUGUGGCUUCAGGAAAUAUGGGAGCACGUCUGGGUAAUAGGUCCGUUGGUGGUUAUUGACUUUUAGAGAUUCUUGUAGCAAUAAAGCCAGGUGUCUCAGUUUUGGGCAAAAGUUUUGGUGUUUCUAACUCGGAUAGAGCAGAAUGGCGCACUGGUAAGCUUGGAUCAUUAGAUAUGUUUAUUUGCAAGUAAUGGUGUUUUCUUGUGUUGGGUAGCAGGCAAUGUUUGUGUAUAUAGAUUGUUUAUGUCUUGUAAAUUUUGAUCUAUGUGAUCCAUAUACAACUUCUGCUACUUGUGGAAACUUAUUAGGUGAAUUUGAUGCUUUUACUUUUGG